AAUACUGUAAGUACAUGCAAAAAGUUUCGUCGAACAAUUCAAAAGCGUUGCCAUUAAUAUUUAACAAAAUAAAACGUUAUAAUUUUUUAUUUGGUAAUUUCGAGAAUACUUAAUACGUCACGAUCAUAACCAAUUGGCAACCGCUGUUAAAGAUUACUGUCACGAUCGAAUCGCUACUGUCACUAAGAAUAUUAAUUAUAGAAUGUUGAUUAUAGAACGUUAAUUUUUAUGCUACGGAAACAGUAAAAAUAUUGCAAGAAGAUAUUAUAGUAAAUAACGAACGAGUGACCUCGUAUCAUGCUGAGUGUACCGAUUUAUCAGCGAUCCUCGAACAAUGGCGGAGAAAUAUUAAUUUACGGAACAAUAGCAGUACAGUAGAAAAAAAUUUCAUUCGGAUAUCAUCUAAGAACGAUUUAGAUUUAGUAAAUAUCGAAGAGACACGGUACAAAUCGAAGUCUGUUCCUAUGAAGGAUCACGAAGUCAGUUAUCCUUAUCCUUUCACAGAUUAUAUUCAUCCCCGAUUUUGCGCCGAUUUUUCACCUAUAAGUACUUAUAGAAAGCCACACCAUCGGCUUGUCAGGAAUCUGAAAUCAAUUCCGGUCAAUCAUGAAUCGAAUUUAAGAGACGAUCGUGAAAGAACAAAAAGGGCAAGAAGAUGGUUAAACUCGUUCUUUCGUGGCAAGCGGAAAAAACUGAAUCAGAGUUCUUCGAUCGACGAAUAUUUUAAGUUAGAAGAUCAAUGGAAUAAAACGCAUUUAUUGCCGAGAUUGGUAGAAGCAUCGCAGGCGCAACGAAUUAUCAAUGAAACGACAUCCGGCUCACCCUCCACAAGUCAAAAUUUAAAUCUAUAUCAAAUAUUGAGAUUACAUUCGAUCCCUAAGAAAACUACAGCUUUCGUUAAGAAAAGGAGAAAAAGGAAUGUUAGGAAUAGAAAAGACAUAGGUGAGAAAACAACGGAUAUUUAUGAAAAAGAAAUCCAUGCGUAUUCGGAUAUUAUGCAGCUGCUACAUACGACCAAAUCGGAUAUUGAAUCUCAGUUAACUUAUAACACUGAACACCAAAGCGAAAUAGAUAGGUUACAGACAACUUUGAGCUGGUUAGAUCAAAUAGGAACUACAACUGUGUCUAUUAUAGAUACGCAUGGUGCGUAUGAGAAAGAAAGUACUAAAGGGACUUCUACGUGGCACGGAUAUGAUGAUUAUAUUGGAACAAUGGCAAUAACGCCGAAAGAAACAAUCAGCCUGUCCGAAUCACAAAUAACUACACGUACAACGACAUAUACGAUAGGAAACAUCCCCAUUACCAACAUGACUACGAUGCCGUCGCCAGUGUUUGAAACAACUCCUACCAAGUCUAUCAUUACUCCAACGACAAUGCCGCCAUCGGCAACCGUGGAAACUACUAUGCAUGAAAUUACUGAUAUUACAAUACCAUUACCAACGACAACCACAACCUUCCAACCAACAAUUGCGAAAAAGGCUACAGAAGAAACUAUAAUUGCGAUGACAUCGACACUUGAAACAACAACUAUCACUCACGUAACUGUUAAAAUGUCGUUACCAACGUCAGUGGAAACCACUACAAAAGAACAAAUUGUUACAACGACACUCUUACGCGACAUAACAACUACCAUUCCCCUAUAUACCACUGCCAUAACGUUGCCAACAACAACGACUAAAACCACUGCGGAAGAAACAACUAUUACUACGACGGUAUCAACAUCUAUAUUUCCCAUCAUCACGAAGUUUACAAUGUCGGAUUACACAACUGUGGAAGCCACUGUAAAAGACACUUCUAUUAGUACAAAACCAGUACCUGAAACAACAUCUAGCUUUCCUGUUACCACCAUGUCUACAAUGUUGCCACUAACAUCUGUGGAAACGAUUGUGGAAGAAUCUGCUGAUACUACUACAGCAACCAGGCCCGAAAUAACUACUAUGAUCGAUACAAUUACAACCACACAGUCGCUACCAACAAGUGUGGAAACCACAGAGUCAGAAACUACUGCGACUGCAUCGCAGGCCCCUAAGGCAACAAUUAUCUCCUCAAUUACAGCCAUUACUACAAUGGCCCCUUCACCGACUGUGGAAACAACUAUUGAAGUAACUGCAGUUAUUACAAAACCCAGGAUUGAAACAACUACACCCACACUGUCGCCCUCAACAACUGCGGAAACCACCGAGACAGAGAUUACAAUGGUUAUACAACCGGAACCUGAAACGACAACUAUUGCCCCCACUACCAUCACCACCACGACGUUCCCUCCAACAACUGUAGAAACAAUUACGCAGGAAAUACCUGCUACUACGACAUCCAGAAUUGCAACAACUACAACUCCAGCUGCGGUUACAACAACAUUGUCGAGUCUGAAAGCUGCCGAAACAAUUACCGAAAGAACACCUGCUACUACAACAACCAGCACUACAACAAGUACAACUCCCAUUACGAUUACAACCACACAGUCGCCACCAACACCUGCUAAAACAACCGAGAGAGAGACUGCAAGGACCACACAAACGGUUCCUGAAACGACAAAUAUCACACCCAUUACUACAACCUCCACAAGAACUGAGGAAACAACAAAGGAGAAAACUCCAGCCACUACAACACACAGGAUUGUAAAGAUUACAACUAACGCUACGACUAUAACAGCACCAACGCCAUCUACAACUGUGGAAACAAGAGUGGGAGGAACUACUGUUUCUAUAAUAGCCACAGGUAAAACAACUACGACUGCUUUCACGACUAUAGAUACACCGAAGCCUCCUACAACUCUAAAAACGACACUAGAGGAAACUAUCGUUACUACAACAACCUGGAUUGAGACAGCUACCACUCCCGCCACGACUACAGCCACACCGUCACCACCUACAACUGCGGAGGAAACUACUAUUUCAACAAGAGCCAAGCCAGAAACAACUAGCACAUCUGUCACGACAACAUCCACGCCGUCGCCGUCUACUACUGUGGAAACAACCAUAGAGGAAACCGUGGUUACUACAACACCCCUGAUAGAGACAACUACCACACACCUCACAACUGCAGUAACAACAUCGACUCCUACAACUGUGGAAUCAACUGUGGAGGAAAUUACUGUCUCUACAAUAGCGACGCCUGAAACAACUACUACUGCCGUCAGGACUACAGCCAUACCGCCGCCUUCUACAACUCUGAAAACAACAAUAGAGGAAACUGUCGUUACUACAACACCCUGGAUUGAGACAGCUACUACUCCCGCCACGACUACAGCCACACGGUCAACACCUACAACUGCGGAGGAAACUACUAUUUCCGCAAUAGCCACGCCUGAAACAACUAGCACAUCUGUCAAGACAACAGCCACACCGUCGCCGCCUACUACUGUGGAAACAACCAUAGAGGAAACUGUGGUUACUACAUCACCCUGGAUAGGGACAACUACCACACCCCUCACGACUGCAGUCACAACAUCGCCUGCUACAACUGUGGAAUCAACUGUGAUGGAAACUACUGUUUCUACAAUAGCCACGCCUGAAACCACUACCAUUGCCGUCACGGCCAUAGCCACACCGUCGCCUCCUGUAACUGUGGAAACAUCAAUAGUGAAAACUGUGGUUACUACAACACUCUGGAUAGGGACAACUACGACACCCCUCACGACUGCAGUCACAACAUCGCCUCCUGCACCUGUGGAAUCAACUGUGGAGGAAACUACUGUUUCUACAAUGGCCACGCCUGAAACAACUACCACUGCGGUCACGACAAUAGCCACACCGUCGCCACCCACAACUGUGGAAACAACCAUAGAGGAAACUGUGGUUACUACAACAUCCUGGAGAGAAACUACCGCACCCCUCACGACUGCAGUCACAACAUCGCCUCCUGCACCUGUGGAAUCAACUGUGGAGGAAACUACUGUUUCUACAAUGGCCACGCCUGAAACAACUACCACUGCGGUCACGACAAUAGCCACACCGUCGCCACCCACAACUGUGGAAACAACCAUAGAGGAAACUGUGGUUACUACAAAACCCGGGAUAGAGACAACAACCAAAGCCCACACGACUACAGUCACAACUUCGCCUCCUACAACUGAGGAAACAACCAUAGAGGAAACUGUGGUUAGUACAACACCCUGGAUAGAGACUACUACCACACCCCUCACGCCUGCAGUCACAACAUCGCCUCCUACAACUGUGGAAUCAACUGUGGAAGAAACUACUAUUUCAACAAUAGCCACGCUUGAAACAACUAGCCCUUCGGUCGCGACUACAGCCACAACGUCGUCUCCCACAACUGUGGAAACAACAAUAAAGGAAGAUGUCGUUACUACAACACUCUGGAUUGAGACAGCUACCACUCCCAUCACGACGACAGCAGCAAUGUCACCUCCUACAACUGUAGAACCAACUAUGGUGGAAACUACUGCUUCUACAAUAGCCACGCCUGAAACAACAACCACAGCCGUCACGACAAUACGCACACUGUCGCCACCCACAACUGUGGAAACAACCAUAGAGGAAACUGUGGUUACUACAACACCAGCGAUAGAGACAACAACCACACCCCGCACGACUACAGUCGUAACUUCACAUCCUACAACUAUGGAAACAACCAUAAAGGAAACUGUGGUUACUACAACACCCUGGAUAGAGACAACUACCACACCGCUCACGACUGCAGUCACAACUUCGCCUCCUACAACUGUGGAAACAACCAUAGAGGAAACUGUGGUUAAGACAACUACCUCACCCCUCACGACAGCAGUCACAACAUCGCCUCCUACAACUGUAGAAUCAACUGUGGAGGAAGCUACUGUUUCUGCAAUAGCCACGCCUGAAACAACUACUAUUGCCGUCACAGCCACAGCUACACCGUCGCCUCUUACAACUGUGGAGACAACCAUAGAGGAAACCGUGGUUACUACAACACCCGGGAUAGAGACAACUACCUCACCCCUCACGACAGCAGUCACAACUUCGCCUCCUACAACUCCACGCCUGAAACAACUACUAUUACCGUCACGACAAUACAUAGAGACAACUACCACACCGCUCACGACUGCAGUCACAACUUCGCCUCCUACAACUGUGGAAACAACCAUAGAGGAAACUGUGGUUACUACAACACCAGCGAUAGAGACAACAACCACACCCCGCACGACUACAGUCGUAACUUCACAUCCUACAACUAUGGAAACAACCAUAAAGGAAACUGUGGUUACUACAACACCCUGGAUAGAGACAACUACCACACCGCUCACGACUGCAGUCACAACUUCGCCUCCUACAACUGUGGAAACAACCAUAGAGGAAACUACUGUUUCUACAAUAGCCAUGCCUGAAACAACUACCAUUGCCGUCACGACAAUACCCACACCGUCGCCUCUUACAACUGUGGAAACAACCAUAGAGGAAACCGUGGUUACUACAACACCCGGGAUAGUGACAACUACCUCACCCCUCACGACAGCAGUCACAACAUCGCCUCCUACAACUGUAGAAUCAACUGUGGAGGAAGCUACUGUUUCUGCAAUAGCCACGCCUGAAACAACUACUAUUGCCGUCACAGCCACAGCUACACCGUCGCCUCCUACAACUGUGGAAACAACCAUAGAGGAAACUGUGGUUACUACAGCACCUUGGAUAGAGACAGAUACCACACCCCUCGCGACUGCAGUCACAACAUCGCCUCCUACAACUGUGGAAUCA